AUGCCAAGCCUCGAAGCAGACGAGAGCGCCUUCCUCCAGGCCGUGGGAAAGCAGACUUUCACGAACCCGCCCCGCGUUCUCAUCAUCGGCGCCGGAAGUCGCGGCACAGCCUACGCUGAAGCCGCACAAUUUUCAACAAACUCCAUCAUCACAGCAGUAUGCGAGCCCAAUGACUACAAGCGCGCCGAUUUCGGUCGGAAGUUCAUCUGGGGUGACGGAGGUGAGGCCAAAAAUCACCAAGCAUUCUGUGGCUGGAAAGAAUGGAAAGAGUACGAGACCAAGAGAAGAGAGCAAGAAGGUACCGGCCAUGACGUGGAAAAAGGCAUCAAUGCAGUCUUCGUAUGUGUACUUGAUGAGAUGCAUGAAGAAGUCGUCUGCGGUAUCGCAGAUAUGGGCGUGCAUAUCUCGUGUGAGAAGCCGAUGAGUACGAGACUGGAGAGCUGCAUGAGAAUGUACAGGGCACUCAAGGCACCGGUCGGUACAGGCGAGGCGAAAGAGACAAUCUUCGGUAUUUGCCAUGUGUUGCGGUACUCGCCGCACAACAUGUUGCUCAGACAUCUGGUACUGGAAAAGGAUGUCAUUGGUGAUGUGUUAAGUAUUGAGCAUGUUGAGCCUGUUGGGUGGUGGCAUUUCAGUCAUUCCUACGUCAGAGGCAAUUGGCGGAAAGAGUCUAAGACUGCGCCAUCGCUUCUCACAAAGUCCUGCCAUGACAUUGACUUCCUCAUGUGGAUGCUCUGCUCACCUGGCCCGAAUGCCGAGAAUGCGACACCUCAUCUACCCUCAUAUAUUACAUCUACGGGGUCUCGCACAUUCUUCCGUAAAGAGCGCAAGCCGAAAGCAGCAGGUUCGGCCACAAACUGUCUGUCCUGCGUGUACGAGACAGAUUGUGACUACAGUGCAAAGAAGAUCUAUCUCGAAAGGCACCUGAACAACGGAAACGCAGACUGGCCAGUCAAGAUUGUGAACCCGGAAAUCGAAGACAUCUACAAGACUUCCGGUAAAGAGGCAGCUGGAAAGCAGCUUCUCAAAGACCUGGCUGAAGACUAUAGCAAUGAGACACCGAUUGGUGAAGUUGAACGACGUCCAUGGUUUGGGCGAUGCGUCUGGGAAUCGGACAACGAUGUCUGUGAUGACCAGAUGGUGGCUAUGACUUGGGAAGAUGAUCCAGUCGGAAAGGACUAUAAUGGCACUCCUAUGCUGCAUGGCCGGGGCGCAAAGACUGCGCAGUUCCACAUGGUCGCAUUCACAGAGAAGCAGUGCGAACGGCGGGGUCGCAUCUACGGCACGAAGGGUGAGAUUGAGUACGACAGCACCAACAUCAAAGUACACAACUUCUCCACUGGGCAAACCAAAACUCACAGCCCUCAUCUCGCAGGCGGCGGUCACGGGGGCGGAGACGAGGGGCUUGCGCGACAAUUCCUCAUGGCGGUUAACGCUGUAGACUCUGGCGCCAUGCCCGCGUCAGACGCUCAGCGGAAGUUUCUCGGAUGCGACCUUGAGGAAGCGUUCCGGAGUCAUGCCAUGGUUUUCGCGGCCGAAGACGCUCGAACGAAGCGCCAGGUAGUCGACUGGAAGAAGUGGUGGACCGAGUCGGUGGAGUCGCAAUUACACGAGCGGUAA